AUGGAGCCGGUGGAAAGGAAGCUAGAGAUUGGCGCCCGUAUCUAUCCUAAGAUGCCCCUCACGCAACAGCAUCCUUCUGGAGAGCCACCCCGCUUGAAAGCUACACCGAAGGACGAACUCCACGAUCUCCUCUGUGUGGGUUUUGGACCGGCUUCUCUGGCUAUCGCAAUUGCUCUUCACGAUGCCUUGGAUCCAUGCUUGAACAAGGCCGCUUCCAAUUCCAAUUGGCAGCCCAAGGUCUGCUUCCUGGAGCGACAGAAACAAUUCGCAUGGCACUCGGGUAUGCUGGUGCCCGGCUCAAAGAUGCAGAUUUCCUUCAUCAAGGAUCUGGCAACCAUGCGGGAUCCACGCAGCAGCUUUACUUUCCUCAACUAUCUUCACCAGAAAGACCGCCUGAUUCACUUCACCAACCUGAGCACCUUCCUCCCGGCUCGGAUGGAGUUUGAAGAUUAUAUGCGGUGGUGUGCGCAGAGAUUCGCACAUGUGGUGAACUACGGCGAAGAAGUUAUCGAAGUGAUCCCUGGCAAGACAAACCCGAGUAGCACGCUCGUAGACUUCUUCACGGUCAAAUCUCGGAACCUAGAGACGGGCGAGAUCUCUGCCAGGAUGGCACGCAAAGUUGUUGUUGCUAUUGGUGGUACUGCGAAGCUGCCCAAGGAGCUACCCCAGGACCCAAGGAUUAUGCACUCGUCCAAGUACUGUACUACUUUGCCCGCCAUGCUAAAGGACAGCCAAGAGGCCUACAACAUUGCUGUAUUGGGCAGCGGUCAAAGUGCCGCAGAGAUCUUCCACGACCUCCAAAAACGCUACCCGAACUCGAAGACGACGCUGAUUAUGCGAGACACUGCUAUGCGACCCAGUGAUGAUUCACCAUUUGUCAACGAAGUCUUCAACCCCGAACGAGUCGAUAAGUUCUUCGGCCUUUCCCCUGCCGAACGCCAGCGCUCCCUCACUGCUGACAAGGCAACCAACUAUAGCGUCGUCCGACUUGAAUUAAUUGAGCAGAUCUUCAAUGACAUGUACCUACAGAGGGUCCAAAAUCCCGAUGAGACACAAUGGCAACAUCGCGUCCUCCCUGGACGCAAGAUCACCCGAGUUGAGCAUUACGGACCGCAUAGGCGGAUGCGGCUUCAUGUUCGGGCUGUGAAAGACGAGAAGGACAGCCUUGUUGGCAACGGCAAGGAAACAUUGGAGGUGGACGCACUUAUGGUGGCUACAGGCUACAACCGCAAUGCGCACGAGCAACUACUGAAGAGCUUACAGCACUUGCGCCCCGCGGGCCAGGAAGCCUGGACCCCCAACAGGGAAUACCGUGUUGAGAUGGACCCAAGCAAGGUUAACGCUCAGGCUGGAAUCUGGCUACAAGGUUGCAACGAGCAAACGCAUGGACUGAGUGACAGUCUGUUGUCCAUCUUAGCGUCACGCAGUGGCGAGAUGGUGAACUCGAUCUUUAGAGGCGAGUUUGCGGGAACAGCGGUGCCGGACACCACUAUCCGCGCUAUGCUGUAA